AAAGGAACUCCAUUGACAACUAACAAUCAUGUUUCUUAAAAGUAUUGCCAUCAUUGCCAUCAUAGGCGCUUGUCAAGCUGUGGAACACGCCUACUCCUCACAGAAAAUUGUUGUACACCAUCCAGAACCCAAGCAUCAUGAGCCUGAACACAAAGAGCACGUUGCAGCAGCGCCUGUAGAAAUUAAGAAAGCUAUACCAGUAGCCCACCAUAUUGUAAGCUCCAAACACCAAGAACACCAUCACAAACCAGCUGUUUCUUCACAGCUGUUUGAACGUCAUGAUAUACCUGCUCAUCCACCUAAAGGCUUCUCUGAACACCAUGGUCCAGCCAAGUACGAGUUCGAGUACAAGGUGCACGACCCGCAUACCGGUGACGACAAGUUCCAGCACGAGACCCGCGACGGUCACCACGUGAAGGGAGUCUACAGUCUGCACGAGGCUGAUGGGUCCAUCAGAACUGUACACUACUCAGCCGACAAGAAGCAGGGAUUCCAAGCUGAUAUAAAGCAGACUACAAAACAUAUUUCGGAGCACAAGCAUCAUCAUUGAAACAAGGAAAACGUUUUAUUGUUCCAUAGUUGAAGUUGUACCUGCUUGUUAUUUUUAAAUAAAAAAUUUAAAGUUA